AUGACGAAAGAUGAGUGCGAGGCCUUCAAGACCAAGGUCCAUACGGAGCUCAAGUUUACCUAUGCAGACGCGAACAAGAGAUGUGCGUCACUUCCAGAUCUUCACAAGAUCAGAAAUGGAUACUUCGGCUACUUCAAGGAUGAGAGACAUCCUGUCUCCAAGGAGCACGGCUUCACUUAUGAUCAGCUCAAGGACAAUUCUGUCUUCGACCCCAAGAAUCCGAAGGAGACGUUUCACAUCCGCCAUACAGAGGGGAUGCGAAAGCGCUGCGCUGUGCCUCUCCGAACUCGGUGGAUGGUUCGUAGUUCACAGGCCUACGGCUGGCUUCCUCCAAUCGACGAUCCAAAGCUUGGCUUUGGUCGUGGAAAUCUGUACCAUCGAGAUGCUAUGGAUUGCUCCCACAUUAUGGUGGGUGGCAACCGAUCUUCAGCUCCUAUCGCACCUGGCAGCUGA